AUGACCGCACAACCGCUCGCGGCUUCAUCGCCGCAAUGGCUAGUCGAUCUCAACUCCAUAUCCGGUGUGACGGCUACAACAGUUGCGACCAAAUCGAAAGCACACGUCUUCCCUGACCCACCGGGCUUUCCAUCCUCCACGACCAUCCAAAGCCGCUCCACGAAGCAAUCCAUCAAAUCCUCUACAGCCGUCGCCGGCGCAUCCAGUAAUGCAGUCACACCACGCAAACCUCCCACAACGGAAGAGAUGGAUCAGUUAAAAUUGAAGAAGGCUUGGGAACUUGCUCUCGCGCCUGCAAAGCAACUCCCCAUGAACGCCAUUGGCAUGUAUAUGUCCGGAAACAGCCUGCAGAUCUUUAGCAUCAUGAUGGUGAUGAUGUUGUUCAAGGGGCCGAUCACCGCGAUGUUCAAUAUCAACGCGACGUUUCAGAGAUUGGAGAGUGAAGGCAACCGGCAGCAGAUGAUUUUGGUGAAACUUGCGUUCGUCGGGUGUAAUUUGUUGGCUUUAGCUUUGGGCAUUUGGAAAGUUAACGGCAUGGGAUUGCUGCCAACAACGAGAUCCGACUGGUUAGCAUGGGAAUCGGCGCGAGAACCCAUCGAAAGAGCAUUCUAUGUACCAUGA